GGAGCAGGUUUUUUUUAUUGAAAAGUCGUUUAAAAAUGACGAUUAUGGAAAUCCAGAAUGUAAUAAUAUGAAAACUAUAUAUAUAAUAGUAACCAAUGCUUAUCCGCAAAUCCUACUUUUACUUAUCGCUCUCUACUUCCAGCCCGCUAUCAUUGCUUUUGCCCAAGUUCGUACCUUUGAAGCAUGUCAUUAAUGGCAGCAAUUCUCCGUCGAAAGCUUCAUCACGGCCGCUCGGCCGUCCUUUUCCAAAUAAGGAUACUCUCUUCUUCCACUUCUUACUUCGAAACGAUGUCGCGGCAGCAGCGCAUUGAGAAAAUACUUGUGGCGAACCGAGGCGAGAUAGCAUGCAGGAUCAUGAGGACAGCGAAGCGUCUAGGCAUUCGGACCGUCGCGAUUUACAGCGACGCCGAUAAAGAUUCUCUCCACGUGAAAUCGGCCGACGAGGCGGUUCACAUAGGUCCAUCCCCCGCUCGGCUUAGUUACUUAAACGGCUCGUCCAUUGUCGAGGCGGCGAUUCGCACCGGUGCACAGGCUAUCCAUCCUGGUUAUGGUUUUUUAUCGGAGAGCUCUGAGUUUGCUAAACUUGUUGAAGAUAAGGGCCUUACAUUUAUUGGUCCUCCUGCGUCUGCAAUCCGAGACAUGGGUGAUAAAAGUGCCUCGAAGAGAAUAAUGGGUGCGGCAGGGGUGCCAUUGGUGCCUGGAUAUCAUGGCAAUGAACAAGAUAUCGAAAUUAUGAGGUUGGAGGCAGAUAAAAUUGGAUAUCCGAUCUUGAUAAAGCCGACUCAUGGAGGUGGAGGAAAGGGCAUGAGAAUUGUACAAAGUCAGAAUGAUUUUGUUGACUCCUUUUUGGGAGCACAACGCGAAGCUGCUGCAUCUUUUGGCAUAAACACAAUUUUGCUGGAGAAAUACAUAACACAACCAAGACACAUAGAAGUUCAGAUAUUUGGUGACAAAUAUGGCAAUGUACUGCAUUUAUAUGAGAGAGAUUGCAGUGUGCAAAGGAGACAUCAGAAGAUAAUUGAAGAAGCUCCAGCUCCAUGUGUUACAGAUGAAUUUCGCUCACACUUGGGUCAGGCUGCUGUAUCUGCUGCUAAGGCAGUUGGUUAUCACAAUGCUGGCACUGUGGAGUUUAUAGUUGAUACUGUAACAGGUCAAUUUUACUUUAUGGAGAUGAACACCCGACUUCAGGUUGAACAUCCUGUGACUGAGAUGAUUGUUGGUCAAGAUCUUGUGGAGUGGCAAAUUUGUGUUGCAAAUGGGGAGCCUCUUCCUAUAAGUCAGGUGCAGGUGCCCUUAUCAGGUCACGCUUUUGAAGCCCGAAUCUACGCUGAAAAUGUUCCCAAAGGAUUUCUUCCAGCAACUGGAGUUCUUCAUCAUUAUCAUCCUCUACCAGUUUCGUCAACAGUUCGGGUUGAGACUGGUGUUGAACAAGGAGAUGUUGUUAGCAUGCAUUAUGAUCCUAUGAUUGCAAAGCUUGUAGUAUGGGGAGAAAACCGUGCUGCAGCACUAGUCAAAUUGAAGGAUUGCUUGUCAAAGUUUCAGGUUGCAGGGGUGCCAACUAAUAUCAAUUUCUUACAGAGACUUGCUAACCAUAGGGCAUUUGAAGAGGGCAAUGUAGAAACACAUUUUAUUGAACACCAUAAAGAUGACCUCUUUGUUGAUCCUAAUAAUAAAGUAAUUUCUAAGGAUGCUUAUGAUGCAGCUAGACUCGGUGCAAACCUGGUAGCUGCAUGUCUUUGUGAAAAGGAACGAUCUGCUUUGCAAGAAGGUCACUCUGGGGGCCCAAGAUUACUUCCCAUAUGGUGUGCACAUCCUCCAUUCAGAGUCAAUCAUCGUGCUCAGAGUACCAUGGAACUUGAGUGGGAAAAUGAAUAUGAUAGCAGUAGUUCAAAGCGAUUAAUGCUUUCUAUCACUUAUCAGCCAGAUGGGAAAUAUUUUAUUCAGAUUGUGGAAAACAGUGCCCACAGUUCAGAAGUCAAAGCAUCACAUCUGGGCAACAAUAGUUUUAGAGUGAAGGCUGACGGUGUAACCAUGGAUGUUAGUCUAGCCAUUUAUAUCAAGGAUCAGAUGAAACACAUACAUAUAUGGCAUGGACCACACCACCAUCAUUUUAGACAGAAACUGGGCCUCGAGUUGUCUGAUGAAGAUGAAAUGCAGCAUAAGACAAGUUUCGAUACCACAAACCACCCUCCUGGGACUGUGGUGGCACCCAUGGCUGGUUUAGUGGUAAAGGUUCUGGUGGAGGAUGGGGCAAAGGUGGAAGAAGAGCAACCUGUGUUGGUUCUAGAAGCAAUGAAGAUGGAGCAUGUGGUAAAGGCAACAACUGGUGGUUAUGUUCAAGGACUUAAAGUCAAAGGUGGGCAACAGGUUUCAGAUGGUUGUGUUCUCUUCAGAAAAAAAAUGGCAACAAGCAAUGAUGAGGGAGCUGAAGCUGUUGCAAAAACAGAGACAUCCCAAACAGGGGAAAGGGGCUUGGGGACUAUAGGAAACCUUAGCAACAAUAAGGACAUGUUUCUAAGAGCAGAUAAGGUAGAUUUCAAGAGCUGGGAUUUGCAACUGGAUAAGCACUUGAGCAGGGCUUGGUCUAGGGACAAACAUAUUUCAACUAUGACAAAGAAGGAAGAGUGGGAAAUUGAUUUGGCUAAACUUGAUAUAAGGCAUGUUUUAGCUCAUGGGACUUAUGGCACCGUGUACCGUGGCGUUUAUGAUAGCCAAGAUGUUGCAGUGAAGGUACUGGAUUGGGGGGAGGAUGGGAUUGCCACAGCUGCUGAAGCUGCUGCUCUUCGGGCAUCAUUCCGACAAGAGGUUGCUGUUUGGCAUAAGCUUGACCAUCCAAAUGUUACGAAGUUUAUUGGAGCUUCAAUGGGAACUUCCAACCUUAAGAUCCCAACCAAAGAUGCAACAAGUGAGAAUAAUAAUUCUUUUCCUUCCAGAGCAUGUUGUGUUGUUGUUGAGUACCUUCCAGGAGGAGCAUUAAAGAAUUUUUUGAUCAGAAACAGGAGGAAGAAACUUGCCUUUAAGGUUGUGAUUCAAAUUGCUUUGGACCUCUCUAGGGGUUUGAGCUAUCUUCACUCCAAAAAGAUUGUACACCGUGAUGUCAAGACAGAAAAUAUGUUGCUAGAUGCUCGUAGAACGUUGAAAAUUGCUGAUUUUGGUGUUGCUCGAGUUGAAGCUCAGAAUCCUAGAGACAUGACUGGGGAAACAGGAACUCUUGGUUACAUGGCUCCUGAGGUCCUUGAUGGGAAGCCUUACAAUAGGAAAUGUGAUGUCUACAGCUUUGGCAUAUGCUUAUGGGAAAUAUACUGCUGUGACAUGCCUUAUGCUAAUCUUAGUUUUGCUGAAGUUUCAUCAGCAGUGGUACGACAGAAUUUACGACCAGAAAUUCCUAGAUGUUGCCCAAGUUCAUUGGCAAGCAUCAUGCGAAAAUGUUGGGAUGCACACCCUGAAAGACGUCCCGACAUGGAUGAGGUGGUGAGAUUGCUAGAAGCAGUAGAUACAAGCAAGGGAGGUGGCAUGAUACCUGAUGACCAAGCUCCUGGCUGUUUCUGUUUCGUCCCCCGUGGCCCCUGAUAACUUUUAGCUCAUUCAUUUAAUUUAUGGUACGUAUUUUUACUUGAGAGAGAACGUGAAGUGGUUGAUUCAUUGUUCAGCUCUAGCUGGUCUUUCAAUAACGAGAUCAUUGUUUCCUAUGUUGCACAUGAAGUCAUGAAUAUAAUCAAUUAAAGACCAUGUAGAAGCCGUGGUUCGAUCUUUCAAUUCAA